GGACACAAAGCGGCCCUAAGGCAGACCCCAACACCAGAAGGGCUGACCCAUGAUUGGAUAAUUUUUCUAAGGGGUGAUGACAAAGUGAAGGUUGAAAAUUUCAUACAGAAGAUAAGAUUUAACCUGCAUCCAACUUUUAAAUAUCCUAAACGAGGUGAGGUUUGUGUGUGUGUACCACCUUACCAGGUAAUCGAGUCAGGGUACGGUGGCUUCAACAUGCCCGUAGAUAUUUUCUUCGACUACAACGGAGUCAGCAAGAAACUCACUCUCUACUAUUACCUCUACUUGGGCGUCACGCCGGCCAUCUCCAACAUCAGAUGCGAGAAGAUUAUCUUCCAAAAUCCUUCGGAGUAUUUUUGUAAAAAGUUGUUCUCGUCC